AGGAACAUGAGCUCUACAUGUGUGGUUUUGGUACGUCUGCCUGUCUGUCUGUAGGUGGGAUUUGAGGUGAUCAACAAGGUAGAGCUUUCCAAAACUCAAAUAUUCACUAUAGAAAACUGUGUUAUCUUGGGUUCAAAAGAAAAACUAGCAUAAACCCUAGAACGUUUUAUACACUGUUCAGUUUUUUGGCUGACGAUGUAGAGAAGAGGAAAACUACCAAUGCAUCCAGGGAUAUGAAGCCCGACCACUGACAUAGUCAGACAUUUCUCAAACACACCCACACACACACACACACACACUGAGAGAUACCACUGCCUGCUCAGAUUAUAUCAGGAAAGAACCACAGAGUGCACCAAUAAACACCUCCACAACAAUGUCUCCUUCACCGAUCCUUUUGUUUUACUCUGGCCUUUUUUCCCUCACGGUCCUCCUCCCUCUGAUCCAGUCGUGUGAAACAGGAACGGCACGAGACUGUGCCGAAGCAGACUUUGCUCCAGGGUCCGACCUGGCUGGAGAGGGCUUUGACAUCACCAAGAUGCAGCGGAAAGGUUCCUUUGUGAUCGACAUGAAAAUCUGGAAAAAGAAGGACAAGUCCUGUACUCUGUGCAAGAACCCAUACAUGGAGGGCAAGAAGCAGAAGCUCCCAGUUUCUGUGGUGGACUGGAGACCCAGCCAGAAGUGCAGCAUACAAGUGUCCAGUUCCAUCUACCAGUCCAGCGAGUCUCUGGUCAGCGCCAGCACCUCUGCUAUCGAGAACAACUGGAAGGCCAGUUUGGGAAUCACCAUGAAGAGGGGUGAAGGGUCAUUCAUGCUGGCAGGCAGCAACUCCAAGCUGGCUGAGUAUUCGAUGGAGAAAACCAAAAAGGACAGGUUCAGUUUCACCAGCCACAGCAUUUCCUGUGGCUAUUACAGUUACAGGGUUUCGAAUAAACCAGUAAUUCAUCCGGAGUUUAAUGAAGCCCUGAGUAAGCUGCCCAAGCAGUACCAGUCUCAGUUCAAGUCACGUUUCUACAAACUCAUCGACAACUUCGGCACUCACUUCAUCACCAAGGUGACUCUGGGAGGAAAGGUCCAAUCAGUCACCAGUAUUAGACAGUGCCAGACAUCCCUGCAGGGUCUGAGUGUGGAUGAGGUGAAGAAAUGUCUGGAUGUGGAGGCUUCUGCCAGCGUGCAGGGGAAAGUUAAUGCCAACGUUGACAGCAAGCACUGUGAUGAAGCCAAGGCCAAGACUGAGAGCAAAAACAGCUUCUCCAGUAACUUUAAUGACCGAUUAACGGAGAUCACAGGAGGCCACACCACGGAACCCGAGCUCCUCUUCUCCGCAGAUAAAGAUCCCGGCGCUUAUAAAGAGUGGCUCUCGUCCAUCCCGCUCCAGCCGGACGUGAUAUCCUACUCUCUCCAGCCUCUGCACGAGCUUCUUCCCACUAAGAACCCCACCCGAAAGCACCUGCGCAAAGCCAUCCAUGACUUCAUCCUGGAGAAAUCUCUGUGGAGAAACUGCUCUGAGCCAUGCAGCACCGGAAUCAAACCCGAUCCCAAAGAGCCGUGUUUGUGCUCAUGCAGGAAUAACCCCGGGGUGACCCCCAACUGCUGCCCGUCCAAACGCGGCAUCGCUCGGGUCAAAGUGACUGUUCUGCGGGCGACAGGGUUAUGGGGCGACCACACGACCGGCACGGAUGGCUACGUCAAAGUUUUCAACAACAACAACAUGCAGAUUGGACGCACUCCAGUCAUCUACAACAACAACAAUCCCCACUGGGCCAUGACCUUCGACCUCGGUGAUAUCAUUCUGACUAAUUACGACCCUUUAAAGCUGGAGGCGUGGGACGAGGACAACAAAUGGGACGAUGACCAGCUCGGAACCUGCAGCGUCCCCCUGAAAACAGGUGUGUUUGAGAAUUUCUGUAGUUUAAAUCAUGGCGUGUUGUAUUAUAAAACAGAGGUGGCCUGUGCACCAAGUCUAGCCGGUCCCUCUUGCAGUGAUUACGUCGGAUCCCCCAUGAACUUCCACCUGGAGAAGGUUUACGUGUCCCGGCAUGCUCGACCCAUUCCGAAGGACAUGCUGCAAGAAAUGGGCGUGGCUCCUGACGAAGCUCCGGUAAGCAUUAAGCAGAUGGGAUACGUUCCUUACAAAAGUGUUGUGCAGCUUCUGUAGGGAACGGUAAGGGUCAGAGUGCAGGGUCAGCCAUGAUGCAGUGCCACUGGAGCAGUGGGUGGGUUAAGGGCCUUGUUUAAGGGCACAACAGUGGCAGCUUGGCUUCAACCCUGAUCUUCUGAGUAACAACCCAGAGCCUUAACCAGUUCAGCUAUUUCUCCUCUUCUCUUAUACCACAACAAUAACCAACAAUUCGGUUCAAAGUUAUCAUCUGAGACAUCUGCUAACAAAUUAUCCCCUACAUUCUAGCAACAGUAAACACCCAUUCCCUCACCAGCCUCUCUUUAUCUCAGUGUUUAAAAACACACCUCCUCAUACAUCACGCCACUGAGAAACCACAAAGAAGAUGAAGAAACUUCUCAGUCCUGAGGAUGAAACCUCCCGCUUUACCUCUGACCGGUACACAGCACUGACACUGGAGACUCCUUCCAUAGACUUGGCUUUUCUUGCAGUAUUUGUGAAUUUGUUGUUGUUUGAUUACAUUAAAGAAAUAGAAGACUUUUUGUGAAUGAACCUGUUGUCUAACAGAGUUUGUGAGUGAAUGAUCUGCUAGAGGAUCUGAUGUCCAGCUGUAUUGGUAUCUUGUACCAGAUAGUGUUCCUGGAGGUUCAGAAACUUCAAGCACAGGUUCUCAUAGACAGUAAAACCUCUUUAGGAAGUGUGUUGAAACCCAGCAAAUAUUUGAUAUGGAAGUUCUGACACCAUUUUUUUUCAUAUCUCCUGACCAAUCAGGUUGCAGCUUGGAAAAACAAUCCUGAUGGUGAAAUAUGACGAGAUCUUGGACAUGUCAUUAGACAAAAUAUUUCUUUGUUAAUAUUCUGAUGUUGUAAUGUAACUACACACAACUCAAUCAGAACACUAGACUAGCUAGUUAGCAGGUACUAGUAAGGACUCGAAGAUCGUUGUCAUGGUUACAGUGUGAGCAUAUUUUUUUCCAAAACCAUUUUACCAUUUUCUGAAGUGUGGAUGCAGACUUAAUGAGCAAGAAUCCUUUUUUUUCAGUUAUUUAUCUGGUGUGAAUAAAAGUGUAAUUCCAUCUAAAUGAGGAGUUUAAUCCAGAUUUUACUUCAGAAACUCAACCCACUGAUUAAAUAUGUAACAGGGGAGGGUUUUUCAAUAGGGGAAAAAUGGUACGUUUCAUCAUAGGGGUGUUUAGGGUGCAGUUUAUGUGCCUCUUUCUGACAAAAGAAGGUAAAAACUAUCUUGGGUGAUUUUGUACUUUUUAAGAAUGCUCUGGAUUUUGUUUUUAUUUUAUUUUCAAGGUUUUACUUUACAGAAAAGACACAAUCACCUCGCUCUAACCUCCUAAUGACCCCCAAAUACACCAUUCCCCUAACCUGCUGUCUUACUUCUGCAUAUUCUCAUCAGAUUUGUUUUGUUCUUGAACCCAGAAGCUGAAUUGUCUUUUCUAAUCUGCUGUGAAGCAGCACACUGAGUAAGACAGGAAGUUAAGCGGCUUCCUGUAAACGGAUGAGGUCUGAGAGAGAGAAAAAAAGAAGCAAAAAGCCCAUUUAUCAGCUGCUUUGUCUGGUUAGAUGGUGUACUAAUAUGAUAAGAGGAAUAGAUCAUCAGCCUCGAUUAUCAUCACAUGAAAGUGAAUAUUCUAACAUGACAAAACACAAAGGAAUGAGUGAAGAGACACUUUUAGUGUUAAGGAGAAUUCAAACAAGAAAUAACAACCGCUGGUAGUGCUCAAGAGGUUUUAGUUUAGAUACAGAGACAAGAAACAGGACAUGAGACCAAACCUUCUGACCAAAAUAAAAACAAAAAAAACACAAACACAAAACUGAUCACAAUCACUCCAUACACACACAGAGACAGCAGGAGACAACGACAAAAAAGCACCAAAUCAACACUAACACAUGACAAAGGUCACACACAUGCACAUUGAGGAAGAACACGAUGAACGACAAAGGGGAAAAAGAAAAAACAC